CGCGCUCACGACAGGCCAGCCGAGCAGUGCGCUGCGCAAGUGGACCUUUCACAUCAGCUGUUGAUCCUCUGAGUGUGCACUUACACACACGCACAAACACACACACUCACAUACACACACUCACACAUACUGACCUGGAUUACCUACGUGUGGAACUGUAAAGAUUAAGAAAAGUUGCUCUGAAGUUAACGGGCGCGAAGCAUCCGGUUGUGUUCCGUUCCAACCAUGUCAAGCGGAGAGGAAGACUUCGACAGCCUGCUGGCAGCGCUGUCAGCGGAGGAUUUGGAGGAGCUCGAGAAGGAGCUGAUCAUUAUCGACCCGGACCCAAACGUGCCCGUGGGGCUACGGCAGCGCAACCAGACCGACAAGCAUCCCGAGCGGGGCUACAACCGGGAGGCCAUGCUGAACUACUGCGUACGGGAGACCAAGAAACUCCUGCGCAGGGAACGCUCUGUGGAGGGGGAGGUGAAGAGCGAGCGCAAGGCGGACCGCAUGCGGCGUUUGGGGCGGAGCCGAGAGCGGAGCUUCUCACGCAGCAGCAGUGUGGAGCCGGAGGAGGACGCUCAAGAGGACGCCAGCGCAGAGGGCCGAGCUGACCAGAGAGAACGCCCCCUAGAGGCCGACAGCAGCAGUGCCGCCUCCCCCAAGAGACAGAGGAGGACGGAGAGCAGAGAGGGGAGCACAGAGAAGAGGACGGAUGGAGGGGUCAGGAGAGGAGAGGAGGAGACGAGGGGAGCGAGGGAACGCAGAGAGGAGUUCAAGAGAGGAAGAGAGGACUCGCGAUCAAAGGGGCUGAGCUCCAGAGUAGAGGGAGAGACAGAGAAAGAAGAGCCUGAGCCGGAGGAGGAAGAGGAGGAGGAGGAGGAGGAGGAGGAGGAAGAGGAGGAGGAAGAGGAGGAGGAGAGCGACGAGGCCUCCAGCAUGUUCGACGGCCUCUUGGAGCGUGUCCGUAGCAACGACCCCGAGCUGACGGAGCUCAACGUGAACAACUCGGACGCCAUCCGCACCGACACGCUCCUGCAGCUGGCCGAGGCCCUGCGGCGCAACACGCACGUGCGCUCCUUCAGCCUGGCCAACACGCGCGCCAACGACCACGUGGCACACGCCGUGGCGCUCACCCUCCGCGCCAACGCCACGCUGGCCAGCCUCAACAUGGACUCCAACCAGCUGACGGGCCGCGGCAUGCUGGCGCUGGUGGAGGCGCUGACGGAGAACGCGGCGCUGACGGAGCUGCGCUUCCACAACCAGCGGCACAUCUGCGGCGGCCGCACGGAGAUGGAGCUGGCGCGCCUGCUGCGGGACAACGCCACGCUGCUCAAGCUGGGCUACCACUUCGAGCUGGCCGGCCCGCGCAUGACCGUCACACACAUCCUGAGCCGCAACAUGGACCGGCAGCGCCAGCGACGCCUGGAGCAGAGGCAGCAGGCCCAGGCGCAGAGCGGCAGCCAGAACCAGAACCAGAACCAGAACACGGCGCAGCAGAACCCGAAGGACCAGAAGGCCCAGCAGAACUUGCAGCAGAAGCAGCAGAGCGUGCCGAACGCGCCGAAGCAACAGAGCCUGCAGAAGAAGGAGCCGAACGUGCCCAAGCAACCCUCUCAGACGGGCCUGGCGUCCAGGAGGUUCCUGCCGCCCCAGCAGAACUCGGUGACCCAGAACGAGCAGCAGGCGCCGGUGGGCCAGAAGCCGGGCCGGACCCAGAGGUCGGACCCAGCGUCCGGUAAGACGUCCGGUGCCGUGGACGCCUUCAGGCAGAAGUUCUCCAAUCAGCCCAAUCACGUGGACAAGCCGGGCACCGCCGUGCCCUCCAAGACCCCCUUCGCCAAGCCCCCACCGGCCCCCACCCCCCCGGGUAAGGACGGGGCACGGAAGGGUGUGUGUCCUCCCCCCGCCCCCCCUCCGCCCGCUCCAGGGCUGGAUGUGCAGGCGCUGAGACGCACCCUCACGCCGGUGUCCCAGAGGAGAACCGAGAACCGGGCCGGAGAACGCGGAACCGAGAGGAACUCCAGAGACCAGCUGCUGGCGUCCAUACGCAGCAAGAGCAGCAUGACAACCCUCAAGAAGGUGGAGGUGCCCAAGUUGCUGAGGUAACAGUGGAGAGGGUGACCAGGAGUGGCCCAGCCCAGCGGUACUGUAAGGAGCAACACCCCUCAUCUACCCCUGUGGACUCACUGAUGCCCCAGAGACCGUCUGUGAAGUGAUGUGAUGUGAAUGUAUACUCUAGACUGUUCUGGAAUGAUUGUGAUUGUUCUAGACUGCUCUGGAAUGAUUGUGAUUAUUCUAGACUGCUCUGGAAUGAUUGACUGUUCUAGGCUGUUCUGGAAUGAUUGUGACUGUUCUAGGCUGUUCUGGAAUGAUUGUGACUGUUCUAGACUGCUCUGGAAUGAUUGUGACUGUUCUAGGCUCUCCCUGGAGGAAGGGAGGGGGCUUUUCUUUUGGCGCAUCUCAGCCUGAUCCCCACGAGGCCCAGUUCCUUCCUCCAGUCUGGUGAGGUGUGCUGAGGUGAGGACCAGUGUGUUGAGAAGAACGAGGACCCAGCCACGGGUUGGGCUCAUCUCCGAACCGCUCUGGCCCAGACUGGUAACAGAACUGGCCCGGCUCCACUCCCGAGCCACACAGUGCCACAACGGUCUCAUGGGCCAUCGUGUAUCUUACCUUCUCCUGAUGAAACAAAUCUUUCCUUAUUAAAAAAACUUAAAAACUACAAAAAACUUAAUUCUAAAUUUUCAACUGAAACUUAAUUAUGUUUUCAUGGGUGGCUGGAUUGAGUCAGAACUGCACAAGUCUUAAUUUGGGAGUUUCUCAGAUUUGAAGGGGAUUGGAGGCUAGACCUGGCAACGCUGAUGGAAUGUUAGAUACGUCAGUGUCAAAUUACAGGCCAGAACUUCUCUGAGCAGUCCGAGUGUGUCAGGAGGAGGGCAGUAGUAUUGGGUGAGCACCCCUCGGCAGGGCAGUAGAACUACGUGAAUACCACUCAGCAGGGCAGCAGAACUGGGUGAAUACCCCUUGGUAGGGCAGUAGAAUUGGGGUAACACCCCUUGGCAGGGCAGUAGGACUGGGGUAAUACCACUCAGCAGGGCAGUAGGACUGGGGUAAUACCCCUUGGCAGGGCAGUAGGACUGGGAUAAUAGAGGUCAACAGUUCCGUGCCUCUCUGAUUCUGGAUGUAAGAUGCUAGUUCAUUUUUUCCAUUGAGAACCUUUCUCACCUUUUCUUCUUGAAAUGAAAUGUUGUAUGAGUCACGUCAUAGCUAGUCAGCCUAAGGUAGAGUCUAACCAUUCUGAUUUUCCCAGACGUUGAUGGGAGAAAUGAAUGGGAAACUUACUUCCGGAAACUAAGCUCUCUUGGAGGAGGGGCGGGACUGUUGAACUCUGAACCCAGACUGAAGGUCCGUCUCUUACACUCUUGUCCUGGAGUAUGUGGGUGAAAUGUCCUGAGAGAUGGGGAUUGUGAGGGAGUCAUUUAUUCAGAGAAAUGUUUUACGUUUAUUUUUUUUUAAUUGAGCCUUUGCUACGUUAUGGUCUUAGAAAGUAGUUGGAUUCACACGUGUUGGUUGGGUGUGGUGAGAUCUCACUGAGUUACAGUGCGCAAAAGUGUUUUUUUUUGUUGUUGUUGUUUGUUUUAUUUGUACAAGUUUAUUCAUUCAGAUUGCUUGUGCAAGCAGUGUAUGUGUCUGUGUCCUCACAAGAUAAUCCACUCUCUAGGGGAGGAAUGCUAGGACAGACAUGUGCACAUGUUUCUCCUUUUGCAGCGUUUGUUUGUGAUGAG